AUGCAGGGCGGGAGAUAUCGUUCGGUAGAACAUUACGCUUUCGAAAAACUUUUGAACGCACUCAAGAUCGACGAAAAAAUUAUCGAAAAAAUCCAGACUACAGUACUGCCUAUUCAUGUUGGCCUCGUUGCUUGUCGUGUCUUGAAAAUGCUUCAAGUAAGUUCGAAGAAAUCAUUUUUGUCUUAAUAAAUAAAAAAGUUGUUUACCUAAUUUAUUCUCAGAUCGAUAAAGAGCUUAUUCUCGAAAAAACAUCAAAAAUGGAUAGAUGGCGACAGUCUGCAAUGAAGCACAAAAUCGUUCAUAAUGAAUAUCUUCAACAACUUUUAUUGAGUACGGGAGAUGCUUUGCUCAUCGACUGCGCAGGUGCACAAAAAAAACUUGCUUAUGAAGGUUUUUUUUUCUCAGAAGGGGAUCGCAUGUGGACUUGUCGGUCAACAGAAGUGGAACUCCAGCGUUUGUUAACGAAACCUUACGUUAGUCCCGAAAAGAUCGUUGAAUGGAUGAGUGCUGAGACGGUUCGUGAAUUGAGAGUUUUUUCAAUGUUGAAUCACUGCAGGAAAAAAUUCCCAAACCUUUGAAACACUUGCAAGGGAACAAAACUGGGUUGCUUCUCAUGGAAUUACGCGGUAAAUUGGCAACUGCAACACAAAGCCGGAUUCCUCUUGUAAGUGUACGAUAACCGCUCCCCGUUAUUUUUGUAAAAUAGAUUUCUCCAAUCAACACUAGCGCUAUGACUUCUAUCAUAACACACAAUGUGAUCUGUUUCACCGCCGAGUCUGUUUGGCAUCCUUUGUAUCCCGCCGAGAUCCGACCAGCACCUGAUCAGCCUCUCAUGCCUUCUCCAGCUCAUUUUGUUGCUCAACAAGCCGUCAGGUUUGGCGAUUUUCCGUUUAUAACGUUGAUCCGACCUUCCCAGAUAUCUUGGAAUGAACAAAGAGGACACGGAUUACAUUCUCAGCACGAACUCUUCCUUGGAGUGCUGGUACCGAUUGCAUGAGAUGAUUGAAUCCAAAGGACGAGGUUUGGAGCGAGAACAAAGUUGGUGGAUGGAGAAACGACAGAAGGUUUAUUCGAAAAAUGUAUUAUAAUAUAUUUUUUUCUCUAUUAGGCCAUCAAAGAUUCGUUACAACUACUGUUGGAACAGCAUCCACCACUUCUCAGAGCGUUGAUCGAUACUGGUGACUCAAUGUUGGUAAGUAUUUUAGCUUUCUUUAUUUUGCGGAUUUUUCAUUAUUUCUUCUAUAAAAUGAACUGGUUGGGUCAUACGAGUUUGAAAAAAAUAUUUCUCACGGUAACUUCGACUAUUGUAUUAUUGGUUUUUAUAGGUGUUUGAAAGUAAAGUUUAAUUGAAAAACCUUCAUUCGUUUUUUUCUAACUUUUUUUAUCAGCAAACUUUGUGCCGUCUGUUUGUUAGUCAGAACAUUUUUUUAAUUAUUUCGUUUUAUUUUUUUAUUUUCCUUUUGUUCAAAAGUUUUUUUCUUUUUCCGAAAGUUUAUCGAAUUUUUUUACAAAAAAAUAUUCAAAGUUUCAUUUCAAUUCAAAUCUAUCAUCCAUCUCUAUUUUUUUCGUUUAAAAAAACAAAUUCAUGCGUUUCCUUUUUGAUAAAAUUAUAUAGUUUGGAAAAUAGUUUUUAAAAAAAAUUUUCUUUUCUACUUGCUCCAAGUUAAUACUCGAGGUCAAACUUUUUGGAGGAUUAAUCAAUUUUUUGCUAUUGAUAUUAUUGGAUAGUGUUUUUAAAAUGUUUUUCUUGAAUUUCUGGUUCAUUGGUUGUAUGCGAUGCUGGUCUUAUCUAUGUUUUGACUGGUUCAUCUAGGUUACUUAUUUAUAUUGAGCUCUGUUUGUUCUGACAAAUGAAACGUUUUGGGGAAAAUCGCAAGAUUUUUCUCAUCUCAGUGUAUUCAAACUUUUGUUGUGUUCACUUUUGCUUUUUAUUUGAAUUCAUGAACGAUUUGAAACCGACUUUUACUUAUUACUUCAAACUUGUACUAUUUCAGAAGUUUCAAUAACUCUUUUCAGGUUUAUUGCUCGCGAUUUUCCUCCAUAGAAGCAGAGUUAUCUAUUGGAAUGAGGGAAAACGAUUUGCGUUCGUGGAUGUGGGCCGUCGAAGUCUCAAGCAAGCAGGUUUAUAAUUUAAUAUCCGGAGUAGUCAUCAAUUCGAAGUUAUUUCAGCUUUUGGAGCUGUGCUCAAGGCCAAUGGCUUUCCGUCCAGCUUUUCUUGGAGGAAAUCGCUUGGGUCUGAUUCUCAUGGAACUCCGUAGAGAAUUUUUGCUUCGCGGUGUUUUCCCGCAAAGUUUGCCCGAACUCCCUCUAAGUAACCUUAGUGCAAGUUCCAAUUACCCCAAUUUGUUUCGUUUAAGGUAAUGAAGCCGUUCUGGGGACAGAUUCACCAACGGAGAACAUGGUGGUCACUGAGCCUUUUGACGUCUUGUUACCUGAUAAUUAUACGGCGACUUGGAUAAGUAUGUAAUCUGAAUUUUUUCUUCCAGAAUACGUGGAAUCUAUCAAUCAACUAGGAAGUUUUUAGACCCAUUAUUUUUGCUGGCAAAGUCUAGUAACAACCCUGAGUUGAUCUCUAUGUGCACAAAAGUGAAGCUCGCGCCAAGGCUUGUCACGGUAGAUGACGAAAAAAUAACGGACAUCGUACAAAGUCUUGUUUACGAGGGAAAGGUCAGAACCCAUCUGUUUUUUUUUAAAUUUGGAAUUCAUCUAGGUUGAUGAAGAGCUUUUGAAUGAGGUGGCACUGGAAGAUCUACGAGCUGUAUUCGUAAAAUACUGCACUCGAUUACGUCUACGAAAAGAAGAACUCGAAGCCCAGCACGCUAAUAUGCAAAUGCUUGCUUCUGAAGUUGGCCAAACAUUCGGAAUAUAUAAUAUUCAUCUGGUCAGGUACACCGAUUACAAUCAAUUCGUCGCGGUCUGGAGGAAACUCAGCGAAGAGAAAACGGAACGAGUCACAAUUCCAUUGGGCCGACAACGUCGCGUAUAGCCGCUGGAAGAGACAAUGAACGAUUCGAUUACAACGAUUUGCAAGAAAACUUUGAUGCGCCUCCGCUGCGACCAAAACCACGCGAGAGAGGAGAAUACAAGAUUCCGAACCGGAAGAGAGCAGCAAGUCCCAUACGCGACGACAAAAAGAAAGACAGGAAAGAGGUAUCUUUUUUAAAAAUUCGUUUUUUACAUACGGUCACAGUUAUCACGGAAUUGUGUUUGAAUUUGCGUUUUUUCGGUUUUAUCAAGUUUUUGAAAUUUGAACAGGAGCCAAAAAACGAAUGGAGCUUUUUCUUGUGAAAGAUUUUUUUAUAGGUUUUGUAAGACGUUGUAUGCGGCUUAAAAAUUUGUGAAUGAGACAUUAUGCCGUGUUCAGUUUGAUUCCGCGCGAAAUACCCGUUAGAGAAAGGAAAAGAUCACUAGAUUUUGGAGAGUCAGAGAUCAUUUUGCAUUUCGCGGAAUCAAAUUGAACACGGCAUUAUAUUAACAAAUCUCUUUGAUUAAAUUGAAUAAUUUUCAGCCAACAAAGCCUCCUGCUCCUCUCAGAGUUCGGAGCCCACCAAAGAAAAGAGAACCGUCACCUCCGAAAAUUAUUGAGGAGAAAAAGCCGCCAAAGGCUAAGCGACCUCCGGUCGAAGAGCUUUCAGAUGGAGAAAUUCUAUCAACAGAUGAGGAGGACGAAAAUUAG